AUGAUGAAUCCGGAGAUGAUGAGGCUGGCGCAGGAGCAGAUGAGCCGCAUGUCCCCGGCCGACUUCGCCAGGAUGCAGCAGCAGGUGAUGUCCAAUCCAGACCUGCUGAAGCAAGCAACCGAGAGCAUGAGAAACAUGAGAACCGAGGACUUCAAACGAGCCGCGCAGCAGCUCAACCACACAAGCCCAGAGGAAAUACUUCGCAUGACCGAAAAAGUCGCCAGCGCUAAGCCCGGGGAGUUCGCCGCCAUGAAGGCCCAGGCCGAUGCGCGGAUGUCGUACGCGAUAUCCGGUGCCAAGAUGUUGAAGCAGCAGGGUAACGAGCUCCAUAGCCGUGGGAAGUACAUCGAUGCUGCUGCCAAGUACAAGCUCGCCAAGGAUAACCUGCAGAACGUACCGUCAGCAGCUGGGCACACGUUGCAGCUGCAAUGUGCCCUUAAUUUGAUGUCCUGCUACCUGAAAUCGGCCAAGUUUGAGGAGUGCGUGAAUGAAGGUUCGGAGAUCCUAGCCUAUGACUCGAGCAAUGUUAAAGCGUACUACCGAAGGGGCCAGGCUUACAAGGAACUUGGGAACCUGGAAGCUGCCGUUGCUGACCUCGGUAAAGCCCAUGAAAUCUCUCCGGAGGAUGAAACCAUUGCAGAGGUUCUGAGAGACGCGGAAGCGAAACUUACAACUAACCUGCCAAAGGGACUUGUUAUUGAGGAAAUCGUAGAAGAAGAAGAAGAAGACAGUUUCCAGCCUCCAUCUCCGCAAAACGUUGUUGCGGAGAAAUCUGAUGAAAUAGACCAAAGUACGGACCAGCCAUCACUUGAUUCUCUACCUUCCGCACCUGAUAUGCAAGACGUCAUGAGAACUUUCAUGGAAGACCCUGCAAUGCAACAGGUGCUUACAUCCAUGAUGAAAAACAUGAGUCCGGAUACAAUGGCAGACAUGAGUAGGCAGUUUGGUCUGAAUCUGACAACGGAGGAUGCUGCCAAGGCCCAAGAUGCUAUAUCACAGUUAUCUCCGGAAAGUUUGCACAAAAUGAUGAAAUGGAUGGACAGAGCACAGCGAGGAGUAGAAGCCGCAAAGAAGACAAAGAACUGGCUCAUGGCCAGGAAAGGCUUGAUCAUCGCUAUUGUCUUGCUGAUUGUGGCCUUCAUCCUCCACCGGCUUGGAUUCAUUGGUAGGUGA